AUGAUAUUGUUCUCUUUCACUGCCUUUGUGUCCCUCCUGGCUUUUCCCAGUGCAGUGCACUCCGAUUCACACUGCAAACUCUCUCCCCUUGACGCUGAAUGGCCCUCUAACCAAGAAUGGGCCGCGCUGAACGCAUCAAUCCAAGGGACCCUGAUCAAGACGGCUCCGGUUGCGUCGUCCUGCUAUCCCGGAAAUCCCUUUGGCUCGACUGAAAGCUGCACAAUCGUGAAGAAGUAUUGGUCAUAUGCUGCAUACCACUCCGCCUGGCCUGAGAGUGUUGAUUACUCGAUCUACACCAACAACUCCUGUGUGCCUCCUGGCGUUGCGGGAUACACCGAGGGACGGGGCUGUAGCAUUGGAGCUCUUCCACAGUAUAUUGUCAAUGCCACGACCGAGGGGCAGGUAGCGAAGGCAAUGCAGUGGGCGUCCAAAAGGAAUAUCCGUAUCGUGGUGAAGGGAACAGGCCAUGAUCUCAGCGGACGAUCUACCGGCGCAUAUUCGCUUUCGAUCUGGACACACAACUUCAGGCACAUCGUCCAUCGACCUUCAUGGCCUGUACCUGCCUCCAACCACACCGCGGACGUCGUGAUCGUUGGGAGUGGCAACAACUGGGGAUCUAUAUACACUGCCGGUCAUGCUAUCAACCGCACCGUUGUCGGCGGGCAAGACGCCACCGUAGGACCAGGCGGAUUGAUCCAGAACGGAGGCCACGGUCUGCUUUCUAGCCACCACGGUCUGGCCUCAGAUCAGGUAUACCAAGUUACAGUGAUCACGACUGACGGCCGCCGGCUAGUGGCCAACCAUGCCGAGAAUGAAGAUCUCUUCUGGGCUGUCCGAGGCGGUGGUGGAGGCCAGUUCGGAGUUGUCACCGAGUUCGUUCUCAAGACGUAUCCUGUGCCUGCGAACGUUGUCACUGGCGGGCUCUCAUUCUAUCCCAAUCGCAGUGUAAAGGCCAGUGAGCUCGCUUCAUGGGAUGCCUUGGCGGAAACUGCGCGCAUGGUUCCUGAUCUGAUGGACUCGGGUAUGACGGGAACUGUAACUGCGCUGACGAAGGAGGCCGCCAUGAGGCUAACCGGCGUCAACGAGACGAUCCCCGGAGUAGCGGUCAGCAUCAACCUGAUCGGAUACAACAUGACGACGAAGAAAAUGAACUCUUCUAUCCACCACCUCGCAGCGCGCAUCAGGAGAUACAGCAAUUCAAGCGCCCUUACACUGACAUAUCAGCCACCCUCAGCUCAAAGCUAUUGGGCCUUCGCGAACCCCGACCCCAUGGCUAGCAGGGCCUCUGGGGCUAGUAGUUCCAUGAGCAGCCGACUCCUAGGCCGUCGAGAGCUCACCGACCUACCCAAAGCUGACCUAAUCACACAUCUCCAACAAAUCCUUACAUCCCAAAACCCAGGAAAGGGGGGGAUGCUCCUCCUCGGCCUGCAGGGCGGCCCUGGACCCGCCACCACAUCACCAGAAAUGCGGGGUAGCGUGCUGCCCGCCUGGCGCUCCGCAUACGUCCACGCCAUGGUCUACGGUGCGUCGAUCAAUGACACUGCGGAUCCAGCUGAAGCGUUGGCCACGGCUGCAGAAUGGUACGAGUCGACCAUCGAACCGGUUUGGAGGCGCUGGGCCCCGGAUACGGGGUCGUACAUGAACGAGGGGAACGCUUUCAGUAGGACCUGGAAGAAGGACUUUUAUGGCGAGAAUUAUGACCGGUUGCUUGCGAUUAAGCGGAGGUAUGAUCCUGACGAGAGUCUGUUUGUCUGGAGUGGGGUUGGGAGUGACAGGUGGGAGUAUGAUUUGCGGAGUGGGCUGCUUUGUCGGAGGUAG